UUCGUACAGAACAGUCAAAAAAUGUCAAUUCAAACAGUUCUCGGUCGAAUUCCAGCUCAAGACUUUGGAAUAAUUCUCCCGCACGAACACCUGGCUCUCGAUUACUCUCAUUUUCAUUUCGAGCCGCCAUUGAAAGAUCUUUCUGAACUGAUCGCUGGACCAAUUUCCCUCCAAAAUGUUGGUUUUGUUCGCCAAUAUCCGUACGCGAGUAAGUUCAACUUGAACUUUGCCGAUAACGAAAGUCUCAAAGGUGUCAAGAGAGACCUUGAACUCUUCAAGAAGUUCGGCGGAUCAGCAAUUGUUGAAAAUUCGAGUAUUGGACUUCGGACUAACUUGGAUUUGAAAGCUUUGUCAAAGGAAGCUGGAGUUCAUAUCGUAGCUGGAGCUGGGCAUUAUCUGGGUCAAACGCAGCCCUCAAGUGUUUUAGAAAUGUCUACUGAAGCUUUGUACGAAUCGAUUUUGAAUGACUUUCAAAACUUGAGUUGCGGAGUGAUCGCGGAAGUAGCUUCUGACUACCCGAUCUCCAACUUUGAGAAAAAUACGAUAAAAGCUACUGCAGAAGCUCAACAACAACUCAAAUGUGGAGUGGGAUUCCAUCCCGGUAGACAUUUAGAAGCUCCCUUUGAAAUCGUGAGACUUUACUUGGAAGCUGGGGGCGAUGCGAAAAAAUGUUCAAUGUCGCAUUUGGAUCGAACUCUCCUGAGAAAUGAGGAAACUUUAUUCGAAUUUGCCAAGUUGGGAGUUUAUCUGCAAUUCGAUUUGUUUGGAACGGAAUGUUCUUAUUAUCAGUUGAAUCCGACUUUUGACAUGCCUUCCGAUGGAGAUCGCAUCAACAUGUUAAUGAAACUCGUAGCUGAAGGAUAUGAAAAGCGAGUUUUGAUGUCGCAUGAUAUCCAUACGAAACAUCGACUCACAAGCUUUGGAGGGCACGGAUAUCAUCACAUCAUAACGAACGUCUUGCCAAGAAUGAAGGCGAAAGGAUUGUCGCAAGAAAUGAUCGAUACAAUUUCGCGGGAGAAUCCAAAGCAAUGGUUAUUGAUUGAAAAUGUUCAAGAAUAGAAAAAAAAAUAAAAAUUUAUCAAAAAGAAAAA